AUGCAGCCUCUGCGAGCAACCUUGUCGUGCAGCUCCUGUCGACAGCGCAAAUUGAAAUGCGAUCGUGAUGAACCGUGUAGUAACUGCGUUGCUAGAAAUUUCUCAUGUCAAUAUGCUCCCUGGCCUAGAGGCCGCGUUGCUGCUGCCCAGCGACGUAAUAGCAGACAGCCAGAUCUGAACGACCGCGUGCGCCAUCUGGAACAACUCCUCGGCUCUAUUGUUUCCCAACUCCCAGCUGGACAGCAGCAGCAGUCUACCUCAACUACGUCACCCAACAUCAAGAGUUCAGCUAGAACUUAUGUAACUACUCAAGCCUCACUCCACUCUAAUGGCGACGGUUGUGAGGUGAAACCUGGUCGCAUGAUGGCGAAUCCUAACGAAACGAUUUAUGUCUCCAGUAGUCACUGGUCGGCCAUAUGCCAUGAGGUUGAGCAUAUCCGUGAGCAUCUUGAUGAGACCAACGAGUCUGCUGACCUGGGUAUUGUCGACCAAGCUCAAAGUCAGGUGCCGAUACUUCUGGGUCCUGGACGACCAACGCCCAGUCUUGAAGAAAUUCUGGCGGAUGUUCCACCCAAGAAUAUUGCAGACAGAUUUGUUUCACGGUACUUCACGGGCACAGAGCCGUCAAUCAUGAUAACCCAUUCAGGAGAAUUUGAGAAUGAGUACAGACGCUUCUGGGACGACCCUCACUCGGUAUCUGUCCAAUGGAUCGGCAUGUUCUUCGGUAUCCUAGCAACAGGAACUUACUUAUACAUCCGCUCGCAAGAUGAACUGCCCGAGGGACUAGGCAACCCAUUCGAAGUGGCAGAAAGCUUCCAGCGACGCUGCACGGACUGUCUCCUACUUUCCAAGUACUCCACAGCCCCUAGCAAAUACACCCUGGAGUCGCUUCUGUUCAACAUCCACGGUGAAUUUGUGCGUCGUCGCGACGCUCACCUCGGGGUGUGGAUUCUUGCCGGCAUUCUCAUCCGGUUGGCCAUGCGAAUGGGUUACCAUCGAGACGCGGACAACUAUCCACGUAUUUCACCUUUCCACGGCGAGAUGCGCCGUCGUGUAUGGGCUGUCAUCCAACAGCUUGACAUCCUGACCUCCUGCCAACUGGGAUUGCCAUCACUCAUCCAAGAGUCACAGUGUGACACACGUCUUCCGCGUAAUAUCACAGACGAGGACUUUGGUCCUGAAUCCACUCAACUACCCCCACCGAGACCUGAGACGCAGAGUACAGCCGUUCUCUACUCUCGAGUCAAGGUCAAGAUGAUGACGGUCUUUCGGACAAUCUUCAACCAGGUAUCGCUUGGCAAAACAGAGAACUAUGAGGAGAUUAUGGCUCUUGAUCGACAGCUCCAUCAAACGCAUCAGUCUAUGCCACCUUGCUUCAAAAUAGCUAAGCUUGAAGAUUGCAUCAUGGUCCCAUCGUAUCUUCUCAUCCGACGAUUCAAUCUCGAAUUGCUGUUCCAGAAAUCACGAUGCACACUGCAUCGUCACCAUAUGGCCAAGGCUUACUCGGAUCCCAAGUACAACUACUCCAGAUCAGCCUGUGUUGACUCAGCCAUGACUGUACUUGGCCAUCAAGCGAGUAUCCUAAAGGAAGUUCAAGUCGGAGGGCUUUUGUACAAGGAUAGAUGGUUCCUCACCUCGCUCGAGCGCCAUGACUUCUCACUAGCAUCCAUGGUUGUCUGUUUGGAGCUCAGCAAGCCAGACGAGCAGCAGAAUCCUGAACUUGUUGGCUACACUCGCGAAUCAAUGAUCGGGGCGCUUCAGACAUCUCAAGCGUUCUGGGCUGCUCUAAAGGGAGUUUCUGCGGAGGCACGACAGGCAUAUGAUAUGCUCGCGGUGAUGCUUAAGGCUGUGUCAACGAACUCGAAUGGGAACGGAACGCUUCCGAAGAUGUCCCAUUCGGAGAAACCCCAUGCUCAAGAUGGAAACAUGUUGCCGCCUUCUGACGUAAGCGAGACACCUUUUUCAGCCGAGUUCCAAGGAAUUGAAGCUAUGUUGAACAGCUCCGAUGGAGUUGACUGGGAUAUGUGGGAGUCUUUGGUCCAUAUGCCCGAAGACUUUUCCAACUAUGAGAUGUCAGAGGAACCUUAG